AUGGGUCCGCCGUCAAUCAAGGAACUGGCUCCAUCCACUGUGAAUGAUACCAGCCCAUUAGGGCUGGCACAGUCAGUCAACGAUGAGACCCCUAGCAUGAACUCACCAAAUGCGCCAGUGGACGGGAUGGGAGCGGUUCUUCUUGAGAAUGAGGAGAUCUUGACGUUCUUUGCUCGCUUGAAUCACAUAUCGAACCCAUGGGGAGCCUCCUUGGAUACUGCUGGAAUGGCGUUCUUGAACAUAGCACACUCGCCACUGGACCUGCAAAAUUCGCAAAAGACUCAAGCAACAAAUGCUUUGGACAGAUUUGCGCUUCCAACGGAGGGGAAGAUUGAAACUCUUAUUGACAACUACUUUUCCGAUGUUGGUCUGCUUUUUCCAAACCUGCACAAACCUACUUUCCUUGAGUGUUAUGCGCAGAUGAAGAGAAACGGGCCGAUGAACACGCGGAAGAUUUGGCUGGGUAUCCUGAACAUGAUUCUAGCCGUGGGCGCUUUGACCGUAAUGCGGAGCGACUCAGUGCUCCAGAAUCGCUCGCUGGAAGCACAAGAAUACUACGAAAGGGCUGUCAGUCUUUGCGAUCCCCUUGUCCUGAGCGGCACAACUUUAGAAGUGGGUAAGGAGUCUACAAAAUGCUUGCUAUGUUCAAUACCAUGGCCAGGCUAA